CUUGGCUUCCAGCAGCUUGAUGCACCUGAUCAACCAGGUAACCAGCGUCGCAGCGCGUUUCCCUCCAUCGCGUUUUCCUGUGAAGAGACGCAGCAGAGACGGGGGACGGACGUCCACAUGGACUGUCCUCCAGGUGUCCGAGGCGCUGAUGGGCCUGAAAGUGAAGCCUCCGACCUCCAGGCUGCAGGGACUUCCUGUUUGUGGCGACCUGUCUGGACCGGCGCAGAAGAAUCUGGAGGUGAGUGACUGGCUCCCUGCAGCUCCAGGUCCAAACAUCGCCUUCAAAGCCCGUUGGUUCCGACUCGCGGUCCGGCUUGGCCCGUUAGAAACAGAAAACAUGCAGCAGACGCCGCGCAUUCCUGAGCCCAUUCCACAAAGCACAAGAACUUCCUUUAAUUCUUCGACCCCCGGCGACGGAGCCAGGGCACAUCCUGUUGUCCUCGCGCCGCUUCCUGCAGCGCGCGGCUCCAUCUUCCACGCUGGUUGCCACGGCGACGGGGAAACAGUGCGGCAGUACCGGCGGAGCGGCCCGCUUGGCUCGGGUCUGGAUGUUCCUGGCGUCCGUUUGCAGGCCACUGCUAAUCAGAGGGAGUUUCAAGUGUUUGGGUUCAGAACCUGUUUACCGGACAGAACCGGGUUCAUACCGGGUCAGAACCAGAACACUGCUAAAGUAUCGACACCCUGUCCCAACUUUCAGGGUUCAUUGGGAUCAAAUGUGGGAAAAACACAUUAA